UAUCCAGAAGUAAACAUGGCGGUUGCCAGUGAGCUGCAGUGGGUCCCUGAAACCCUUUACAAUGCCGCUAUUUCUGCCGUUGUUUCUACUUAUUCAAGACACAGAAAAGAGCUGAGACCUUUACCUGAGAAUAUACAGUUCGACAUUUAUUACAAACUGUACAAACAAGGAAGACUAUGUCAACUUGGAAUGGAGUUUUGCGAACUGGACAUCUUUGCAAAGGUCCUACGAGUAAAUGACAAAAGACACUUACUUCACCACUGUUUCCAAGCCUUGAUGGACCAUGGUGUCAAGGUGGCUACUGUCCUUGCAGACUCCUACGCUACACAUGCAUCGAUAGAGGAACAGAACCAGGACAGGAUCAGUCGGACAGUCCAACUUGGGUUCUCGCUAGGGGGAUUUCUCUCCGAGGCAGGCUGGUUCUGUAAUGCUGAGAAGGUUUACGAGGCAUGCUUGAGACUAUGUAAACCAGAGUCAGAUCAGCAGAGGGUGAUACGAGCAUUUGAAUGCACAACAAGGUUAAUACACGUCCGGAAUGCCAAUUGCAAGUACAGCCAGGCUGAGGACUCUUACAACUCUGCUCGGAAGCUCCUGGAGGACCUCAAGGAGAUGGGUGUGACCGUCAACGAGGCUGCACUUCACGGCGAGAUGUGCUCGCUCCUCUUCUCCAAGAGCCACUACGACGAGGCGUACAAGUCGUGCCAGGCAUCCCUGCGUUCCAUCUCGCCCCGCCUACCCGUACGAUGCGUUAUAGAUAUUCUACGCCAGGCGGCCAAGGCGUGCGUGGUCAAGAGGGAGUUCAAGAAGGCGGACUUGCUCAUCAAGCAUGCAGUGUGUCUCGUCAGGGAACAUUUUGGAGUAAGACAUCCCAAGUAUUCAGAUGUUCUCUUAGACUUUGGCUUCUAUUUGCUCAAUGUAGACUCGAUAUGCCAGUCAACAGCAGUGUAUCAGCAAGCGUUGGACAUCCGGUUAUCAGCGUUUGGAGGUAGGAACCUCCAUGUAGCAGUAGCCCAUGAAGACCUAGCCUAUGCAUCCUAUGUACAUCAAUACAGCUAUGGCAAGUUUGAUGACGCAAAGGAGCAUGCAGAGAAAGCAAUCAGUAUCAUCACCCAAAUCUUACCUGAAAAUCAUCUCCUGCUGGCGUCCUCUAGGAGAGUCAAAGCGCUCAUUCUAGAGGAGAUAGCGAUCGACUCCCACGAUAAGGACAUCGAGACUAAACUACUCCAAGAGGCCCACGACCUCCACCAAUCGUCGCUCAAUCUUGCCAAGCAGGCCUUCGGAGAGUUCAACGUUCAGACCGCUAAGCAUUAUGGGAACCUUGGAAGGCUAUACCAAUCAAUGAGAAAAUUCAAGAUGGCUGAGGAGAUGCAUGUGAGGGCGAUAGAAAUCAAGGAGAAACUCCUGGGUGAAGAAGACUACGAGGUAGCGCUGUCUGUGGGUCACCUAGCCUCUCUCUAUAACUAUGACAUGAAGCUUUAUCACCAGGCUGAGAAACUCUAUCUCCGAUCCAUUGAAAUAGGCAAGAAGCUGUUUGGCUCAGGCUACAGUGGCCUGGAGUACGACUACAGGGGACUGAUCAGCCUGUACUACAACACCUCCAACCAUGCUCGCAUGUUUGAGUUCCAGGACAUCCUCAACCAUUGGAACAACAUCCGCGACGGGAACAGCAGUCCUGUGGACAUCCUGGAAUACCUCGCAAACUGCAGGACGGAACUCACUACGAAGGAGAUCAUUGAUAAGUUCUUCAAGAUUGAUUAACACCCUGCUCUUGGACACCUGACCAGCUGCAGGACGGAACUCACUACGAAGGAGAUCAACCCCCUGCCCUUGAACACCUGACCAGCUGCAGGACGGAACUCACUACGAAGGAGAUCAUUGAUAAGUUCUUCAAGAUUGAUUCACCCCCUGACCAGCUGCAGGACAGAACUCACUACGAAGGAGAUCAUUGAUAAGUUCUUUAAGAUUGAUUACCCCCCUGUCCUUGAACACCUGACCAGCUGCAGGACGGAACUCACUACGAAGGAGAUCAUUGAUAAGUUCUUCAAGAUUGAUUACCCCCCUGUCCUUGAACACCUGACCAGCUGCAGGACGGAACUCACUACGAAGGAGAUCAUUGAUAAGUUCUUCAAGAUUGAUUAACCCCCUGCUCUUGAACACAUGACCAGCUGCAGGACGGAACUCACUAUGAAGGAGAUCAUUGAUAAGUUCUUCAAGAUUGAUUAACCCCCUGCCCUUGAACACCUGACAGGCUGCAGGACAGAACUCACUAAUUAAGAGGUCCAUGAGAAGUUCUUCAAGAUUGACUGUUCCUUAAAGUCUCUGUGAAUAUUUUUGAAUAACUUGCCAACUGCAGGAUAGAACUCACCUUCAAGGAGAUCAUUAAUUGGUUCUUUAAAAUGGACUGAACAUAAAUCCCCCAAUACCUGACCAACUCUAUGACAGCAUUUUCCACCACAGAGAUUGUUGUCAAGUCCUUCAAGAUUGACUAUACCUCAACAGCUCUGUGGAUAUCCUUGAUUACUUUGGCUAUUGUAGAACAGAACUCAUUACCCAAAGAGAUCAUUUGUACGUACUUCAAGAUUGAUUAUCCCUCAAUGAUGUGUGGAUAUCCUUGAUUACCUGCGCAACUGACUGACCUGCAAGAAGGUCAUCGGGAGUUCUUCAAGAUCAACAAAUCCUUGGGGAAAACCAACUAAACAUCUGACAAGAUUGCCUCAUGCUCAUGCUCAAGAGGUGUUGUGGUCGAGUGGAUACAUCACCGGUUUGUCGAUCACAAGGUCAGCGAUUCGAGUCCCGCUGCGCCACUAAUGUCCUUUGGCAAGACAUCGAUCUACAUUUGCCACUCUCCACCCAGGUGUUAAAUGGGUACCGGGUAGGAUGCGCAAGCCAAUGUGGUAUGCUUAGGAAUUUCUGAGCUUAGUAGAUCUUGUUGGAAUGUUCCCCAGGGAGUGGAGAAAGUGCAUACAUUGUGUGCGGGCAAGCCAGAAUAUUAUUAUUAUUAUUAAGAGCAACUAAUCUCCAGAGAGUUCUACUGUUCAGGAUUUGCUGUUUGGCAUUUGGAAAGAACACUCCAAAGCUUGUACCUGCGCUCCAUGUAUCUGCAGACUGCAGUGUACAACACCAUGUGUUUAUUGUAUGUGAAGGAUAUCAAAAGUAAGCACCUUCUCAUUCAUUCCCAUUUCUUUGAAUUACCAGUGAAGCUGUAAACCACUUUGGUAAAUAUGCAUGAUCAAGUUAUUCCAGGGUAGGUUAGACGAUCACAUUCAACCAGUGUCUUUUUGUUCCGAGGAAGGAAGAUAUUUACUUUCAUGUACAUACAGAUAUGUGGAGUUACUGUCUUUAACUCUUAUCCUGCCGUAAUGAAUACAGCCCAGUGCCACAGGGCUAAUCCCCAUUGUGCCAAACCACAAAUCCCCCCUGUGCCAAGUUUAUUUUGAGAUAAUCUGAUGGUGCGUGCGAAGCACUCAGCACAUUACAAUGAGCAUGAACAAUAACAGCUAUUGCAAAUGCGAGAAUGCAUGCAUUAAGCAGCUAAGCUGUGGCUCGCUAGUGUGAAUUAAGCAGCCAAUCGAUAUCGUGUUCGCGUGUACAAAGCACUAUAACGGUAGCGUGCAUGCGGCCGUAUGGCAGGAUAUGAGUUAAGGCUGAUAUGAGUGAGCUUAGUGAAGCCAGUGUAUAUUGGUUAUAAUGGCUUUUUCUUCAUAUCAAAGUUCUUUGAUGCAGGUUUUAUAGUGUUGUCGCUUCAUGAAAGCCUGGUACACAUGCAGAAUUGAAUCACUUUCAAUUUAGACACCGUUUUUCUUAAUUAUCAUCAUGAUUAUAGGAUUUUCUGUCCAUUUUAACACUUUUUUUCAUUCAAAUUAAUCUUUGUGCACUUCAAUUUCGUACUGGAAAUAAGGGAUUGUGCAAAUGGCAAGGUUGAUUUAGUCAUUUUGGGUCAAUGGCCAAUUAGUUUAAACACUUGAUUGGACUUCGAAAAUGAUUGACCAAAGACGAAACUACCUAUAAGAUUAGCAAGUUUGGGAUGUUUUAGGGACAAAAUUGAAUGAAAAAUGUAUGAAAUUGAAUGAAAAAGGUGUUAAAAUGGACAAAAAGCCCUAUAUUUUCAUCAGAUUUUUAAAAAUCAAGUGAUUUCAUUUCUGGAUCUGUAAUCAAGACACCAUGAACACCAUUGAAGAUGUUGCAAGGUGGAACACAUUUGGCCAACAAAUCAAACAUAAGUCCAUUUUGUGCAAAUUAUAUUUUGUUUUAAAUGCCCAAUGACCCAUUUUCACUGUCAAGCAUAACGUGUUUGAAUUUUGCAAAGGGUACUCUGUACACUUGUGUAAUCAGGGCCUCGUUGCAUGAAACAUUAAAUACCAUUGAUGUUAAUUUCCAUGGAAACUUUAAUUACAUUGGAUAUUGAGUGAUGUUGCAAAUAGUACCGGUAGUUACACUGUAAUGUUGAUGGCAAAGUUACCAUCAAUGGUAAGUUUUAUGCAAUGGGCCCAGAUCAUUUACAAGUACAUUGGAACACCUAAGGCCAGUUAGGGGUGAAAGGUGCAGAAAGUUGCACAAACUUUUUUAAAAGCGUAUUCUUGUCGUAUCUACAUAUUUUAGUUUUAGUUUAUUUAAUGAAAGUAGAUGGAUGAUAAAUCUUCUGUUAAUCUGUGAGGCAUAUUAAAGUCAUCGUGAAAAUGGACACAUAGCAUGAGCAAAAAAGCAUUUAGCUGCUAUUAUUUAUUUAUAAACUCAUCAAACAUUUUCUGCAAUUAAAGUUUUAGCAUUGAUAUAUUUCUUGUUUAUACAAUGUUAUCAUAUUUGACAUUGUUAUCAUUGAACAUCCUGUUUAUUCCCCUUUACAAUAAUGUCCAAUUUGUAAUGUUAUGUAGUAAUCCUCGAGAGUGCAGUACACUUGAAUAUAGGGCCAAGUCAAAAGUGAAAUUUUCCCCCAAAUCCAUUGUUAUUCCUUUAAAUCAUAAUCCAUGUCCAAAUCAAACAAAGAAUUCACUAUCGACAGUAACAAUGCAUUUUGCAACAUUAAGAAAUCUACAUUACCGGUAAUACCAUUCGUAAGUUCAUGCUCAUCUUUGUAAAUAUAAAUGUCUUAAGCAAUAUACACAAAAACUAAAUGGGUUCUCUCAUCUGUUAAACAUUUUGUUUUCCUUUUUGUUAUCAGUGCAAUUCAGAACACAAAAUAUGAGACUUAAAAUUGAUGACUACAGGUAUACAAUUUGCAUUUUGGAUUUAAAAAGUAUUGAUUUGCUGAUUGUUAUGGUGGGAAAACUAUCUGCUACUACAAUCACUGACCCUUCAUGUGUAGCGGUCAAACCUGUCUAUUAAGGCCACCCUAGGGCCCUAGUUCUACAAAUCUAUACACAUAUUUCUUUCUUUCUAGUUUAAGUAAAUGCACACUAUGUGACCACUGUAUACAGAUGUUCUUUAAUCUUUAUACAGUGAUGACCAGGUUUGAUGUACUAGUUACAUACAUGUACAUGCAUAUCCCAUCAGAUGUAACAUAAUAGAAAAAUUAGAAUCAGUAAUUGCCAAUAUCUUUCAGAUGAGUUUAUUUGUGAGUUGGGCAUCAGCUGAAUAGAUAUUUAAUUUUCGUAUUGCAUCUCAUGUAGUUUUGGGAGAGAGUCAUUAUGACUUUUUUUUUUUUAAAUUAACUAUUUAAGACCACUCUGUGAAAUCCUGUACUCUUUACCACCAGGGUAUAAACUAUAGUCAAACCUGUCUAUUAAGGUCACCCAAGGGAAGCAGAACAAGUGGCCUUUCUAGACAGGUUCUACUACACCCACUUCUUUCUUGUGGGAGACAAAAUACAUGCCACCAUAGACAGGUGGCCUUUAAAGAGAGGUGGCCGCUAAGACAGUUUUUACCUUGUAUUCUUGUGCAAGCAUAGCUCUAUUAUAAUCUGUAUUCCAGUAAUAUAUUGUGUUCAAACCUUAUCCUCUCUGUGUAUACCACUCCCACUCCCCCCCCCCCCCCCA